ACGGGACAAAGAUGGCGCAAGUAUAUCCGUCUUUAAAAACGAGAUAAAAUUAGGAGGUGACACAUCUCACCUCCAUAAGUUUAAAAGAGGAAGAUGAGUUGUCACUGACAUGUCGAAAAAGUAAAUAUGUCAAGAAUCACCAUAACCUUCAAACCUUCUUGGAAGAUAUGGAAAUAUUAAUUUAUUAGGACUUUAUUUUAAUUUACUGUGAUGUUGCCUCGAUUAUACAAAACGGACGCUGAAAUUCGUAAAUAUCAAAUUAAUACACUCAUGGUUUUUAAUGACAAUGUUCGCGAAAUAUAUGAAGGAGAGGAAUACGAAAUAGGUUUCACUUCAGGAGGCAACAGUUUCUCUUUGAAGGUACAUCUAAGUAGGGAUUUUCCUAAUGAUAAACCCAAGUUGAAAGUAUAUCCUGUGGUACACCAUCAUUGGGUAGACAGCGAUGGAGUUAUUCAGUCAGCCCCAGGCCUAUUAAGUUUCAACGUACAUUCCUCAGACUUGGGUAGAGUAGUUCAAGCAAUCAUACGAGAAUUUCAGCGGGAUCCACCUCCUUUAGCAUCAUCUAUUAGUUUCACAACUACCUCUACAUCAAUAAAUAAUGGAGAGGUACACCAGUCCAGUCCUCUAACAUAUCCCCUAUUCACGUCACCCAAUCCUGUAUUCACAUCUGCACACAGUCGUGUGUCCAUUCCAUCUUAUGAUCCAUCAUUUACAUACUUAGCCCAACAUGCACAACAGUCAAGUUAUACCCAGAAAACUUACGCUUUUCCCGAACUCUCCCAUAUGUGCAUAGAAGAACUGAAGUUCCUCAAUGAAAAUGUAGAUAGGCAGAAUGAAUUUAUAGAUGAAUUACCACUCAUAAGAGAACAGAAUAAAGCUAUGGAUAAUCUUGCUGUGCAGAUUGAAGAAAUGGCAGCAUCAAAUUUAUCAAAAAAGGGAGUUCUAGAACAGUUACGAAAAGAUGUUGACCAGAAGGUAGAUGAAGUGACAGAACUAGUCCUUGAAAAUGAACAACUUCUUGCCAGUUAUCAAAGUCUAUCUGAUAAAUAUGCUCCUAGGAAUAUACAGGAAGAACUACGGAAAGCAGCAAGGAAAAUGGAAGGAGAAAGCGAAAAGGUAGCGGAAAAUUUCUUAAAUGGCAGCAUUGAUGUUGACAACUUUGUGUCAAAUUUUAUCAGAACAAGAAUGAUCUCGCAAGCAAGAAAAACCAAAGAGGAAAAGUUGGGACAGCAACUGGACCAAUUAGAAAGGGCAGGAUUUUAACCACAUGCUAUUAUUCAAUAGCAAGCUGAUGUGCUGGUACUGCGUUUUAUUGGACCAAUAUAACUGUGAACUCUACACUGAACAUUUAUCCGACCUUAUAUCCAAUGUUGAUGCGGUGCAUGCAUUUCUCAUUCAACAUGUCAGUGCUUGUGUCAAAAUUCUACAACCAGUUUCACGGGGAGUCAAAACAGAAGCAUUGCUCGCGAUUUGGUAGGAGGGAGCAUCGGCGACAAUGUUGCCAUAUUCAUUCCCUAUGAUAAUGACUGUAUGAUUUUGAUAGUAAGGCUACUACUAACUAGACAAACGCCAAUAUGUAUGUAGAGGCUAUGCCGAUGGGCAGUGGUCCAUUGUAAAGGGAAGGCGUCAUGUGAACCGUUUGUGAUCUAUAAAUUAUAAAAAUACUCCUCAGUAUUAUUUCCGCUCGGUUCAAGCGAGAGUGGAUACUGAUACUGAAAUGAACAAGAAAUUGCUAUAGAAAAUAACUUUUUCUACUUUCAAUGGAAAUUAAAAGUUGUGAAUGUUAUUAGUUUUAAUUAUUGGCCGAUGUAUAUUUAUUUUUGCGGUAUGGUAAAGAGUAUAUUGCCACAAGUAUUAUACGGACAGCAUCAUAUGAAGUGUAAAUGGCAACAUUGGUUUGGUGUUACUAGUAAAAUGUCAUGUCUAGUCUCAUUAUUAAACAGCGUUAGUUUUGCUACUAUACUGCCCAUGAUUUCUACGGCUGUGUAAUACUCGCGGAAAUAUACUGCAUAAUUUGUGCAAUGAUUCCAACUAGUGGACUUGCAACAUAGAUUUGUAUUGUGAUUUUACUUCAGGUUUAUAAGUACAUACAAUGUAUGGUAAUUCUGCUUUGAUUGUGGGGUGAAUGCUAUUAAAUGUAUGUGAAGAUCUACAUGUUUUAUAUUUUCCUUUAUAACUAUCUUUUUUACUUUAGCAAAAAAUAUGUUAUCGAAUUUAAUUGUAGUUGUAAAACAUAAGAAUAAAAAGACAUAUAUAUCAACAAUAA